AUGAGCACCUUGACGAUCAAUUCGGGCGACAAUGCUUGGAUAUUGACAUCAACGGCUCUUGUCUACAUGAUGACACCAGCGUUGGCCUUCUUCUAUGGCGGUCUCAUUGAAAGCAAGAAUAUUCUCAACCAACUUUUUCUCUCUGUCAUCUGUAUGGCUAUCGUCACCGUUCAAUGGUUUUUGUUCGGUUUUUCGUUUUGUUUUGGACCUGGUAACUCCGGAUUCGGUUCAUUUCAAUUCGGUGCGUUUAACUUUUACUCGACAACAAGCAAUGUCUACGGGCUUCUGCCGGACAGCGUGAAUGCAGCCACAAUUUCGCUUCUUACAUUUGCAGGUUAUGAAGCUGCCUUUGCGGUCAUUACGCCCGCUCUUAUUUCAGGUGCUCUUGUUGGACGUAUGAAGCUUCUUCCAUACAUGCUGUUCGUAUUUCUCUGGUCGACAUUGUGUUAUGAUCCUCUGUGUCGAUGGAUCUUCUCUCCACUCGGUUUGUUUGCUUUGUUUUUUUUCUUAGCAUCUAAAAGCAUAAAACAAUCUACAUAUUUCGACGGAAGAAAAGAAGAUACUCUGAUCAUCUGAGAAAAGCUUUUCUUCGUUAGCCCCUCAAGUCAAUGAAAUUCCACUACCUAAAGCCUUUCUGCAAACGGUAAAGAUCCAUUGUUGAAAAAAUUCGUCUAAUAAAAUUGGUACUGUUUCUUUCUCUUCAUUCUUACAUUUUUGUUAUUGACCGAUUCGCGCUCACUUCCUCCGUCCCUCUCUCUCUCUCUC